AUGCAGACCACAAAAGGGAAGGGUUGGAUCAAUCAGGGAAUAAAGGGCUCGGAGUCCCUCGCAGAUCAUAUGUAUCGCAUGGCUUUGAUGUCCUUGAUUGCUGGUGACGUUCCUGGCUUGAAUAGAGGGCGGAGCAAGAUACAAAUAGUGCACGACACUGCAGAAGCUAUUGUCGGAGAUAUAACACCAUCUGAUGGCGUACCGAAAGCAGUGAAGAGCAGAAUGGAGCAAGCAGCUUUGGAUGAAAUGUGCUUAGUUCUUGGUGGAGGGAUUAGGUUCUUAUCUGCAGCUGAAGAGAUGAAAGGACUUUGGAUGGAGUAUGAAAAUAAUUUGUCCAUAGAGUCUAAUAUUGGGAAAGAUUUUGACAAAGUUGAAAUGAUUCUGCAAGCGUUGGAAUACGAAAUGGAACAUGGAAAGGUGCUGGAUGAGUUCUUCAUCUCGACAGCAGGCAAAUUCCGAACCGACCUAGGAAAGAGUUGGGCAGCUGAGAUAAUUGCCAGAAGAAAUUCACGAUUAGGCAAGAGUAAAAAAUGAUAUUUCUCACGGCAUGGUUCGCAGUCAAGCCUCCUUGUUGAAGUUGGCCGCCACCCUGCUGCACGUUCCUUGUUAACCAUUUUUUCGUCUUCUCGCAUGAAGGGCAAACAAGGAUCUUGUAUUCUAGAGCACCCCCAACAGGAUUAUAGGAUCUCCAGUUGCAGCUGUGGAAUCAAAGCAUACAUCCAUGGAGGCCCGGGUGAAAGUAAAGGUACGGUAAUCUCCAAAUAUAUGAAGCUGCUUCAAUCUACCAGCUGAACACCAAUAAACACUGUAGUUCUUGUAAACUUUUCUCAUUUUUCAUUUUUUUGAAUUUUCAAAUGGUUGGUUUUUCUCCUUCGUAUACCGGAAACACAUCGAUUAGAUAUGUCCCGGAGUGUAUCAAGUUAGAGUAGCCCUGAAAAAUGAACUUCUCUUGCAACAAACUUGCUUAAUUUUCAGUUAAGUUAGUUUGGUGAGAUGGAGGUUGUCAGGUUAGUCUUGUAUUGUGGAUUUCUGAGUUUAAGUUAGGCGGAUUGGGCUUAAAGCCCUUUGUUCUAUUUUCUUCAAUUUUGGGGCAGACUUUCUAGGAAUUCCUGCGCUUAAAGUCAAAUGUGACCCAAAUCGGUAAAUUAUCAAUUAAAAAGCUUAAGCUCAAGGUUUGGUAA